AUGUAUGUAUUCGUAGAUGAGGAUGAGGAAUUACAUUGUGCACCCUCGAGUACUGUUACAGAUGCAAUGACGGGUAAACAGAGUGAGCUUCGUAGGAGUGCACGAGUGAGAGAGCUCCAUGAUGAAGAAUUAGAGUGUGAAGAGGAGGAAGAGGAGGAGGAUGGUGAGGAGAUUGCUUUGGAGGAUGAUGAAGAUGUAGUGGUGGCUGGACGGACCUACUUGGAUGAUGAAGAAUGA